UACAUAUGAAUCUUUAUCAUGUUUGUAAACAACUACAAGAACUGACCAGGUUCCCAAAGCAUAUAUGUUGAAUGAUUUACACCUAUGAAACAAAGAAGCAGCCGACUCUAAUGGAAAUUUUCAGAUAUGACCGGGAUUUGCUUGGAGUUCUCGCUCUUCUAACUCUAUUCCUGGUUCAGGUUUUGGUUCUUGCACAAGAUCAAUCAGGAUUCAUUAGCUUAGACUGUGGAUUACAAACAGCUUCCAACUACACCGAUCCCACGAUAGGAUUGAAUUAUAUGUCAGAUGCUUCCUUCAUAGACACAGGUGAAAGCAGGAGCAUAGCUCUUCCGUUCAGAGUUAAUCAGCCCAUGAAUGAAGUCAGAAGCUUCCCUUCAGGGAAAAGAAACUGUUACAAUUUCAGCCUCAAAGCUGGGGAUAAAUAUUUGAUCAGAGCAAGUUUCCUUUAUGGAAACUAUGAUGCAGAAAAUAAACUACCUGCGUUUGAUUUGCAUCUGGGGCCUAACUUGUGGGCUUCAGUAAUUAUAAGAAAUGCAUCAGAUCCUGUAACCCGCGAGAUCAUACAUGUUCUCCCAUCAGAUGAUUUGUUUAUCUGCCUUGCGAAUACGGGCCUCGGGACACCGUUCAUAUCUGCAUUGGAGUUAAGGCCUCUGAAGAACACUACUUAUAGAACGCAAUCUGGAUCACUAAAUCUCCGUUCCAGGUUGGAUAUUGGUGCAGAACCAAAUGAGACAUUCAGGUAUAAAGAUGAUGUUUAUGAUCGUAUCUGGAUGCCAUCUACAUCCAGUAAUUGGAAUCAAACUAAUACUACACGUACCAUAGAUAGGGAUAGCCAUAAUGUGUUUCAGCUACCAUCUGCUGUCAUGAGGACUGCUAGCAUCCCAAAAAAUGCCAGUGCGCCCCUGAACUUCAACUUACCUGUUAAUGAUUUGACCACACAAUUGUAUAUCUACCUACACUUUGCAGAAGUUCAAAAGCUGCAAGCCAAUGAGUCUAGGCAGAUUAACAUUUCUGUAGAUGGACAGCACUGGUAUGGACCCUUUUCUCCUGAUUACUUGUACACAACCACCGUGUAUAGUCCAUCACCUUUACGUAGAAGACAAGGACAAUACCUGUUUUCAAUAUAUAAAGCAGCAAACUCUACAUUACCACCACUUCUCAAUGCAAUUGAGAUUUAUGAGGUGAAUCAGCUCUCACAAUCACAGACAGACCAGAUGGAUGUUGAUGCUAUCACAAAUAUCAAGUCAAUGUAUGAAAUUGAAAGAAAUUGGCAAGGAGAUCCAUGUGCUCCUCAAGCAUACUCAUGGGAUGGUCUUAAUUGCAGCUACAACGAUCCACCUAGAAUCAUAUCCUUGAACUUAUCAUCGAGCAGUUUGACAAGGGCAAUACCUCUAGACAUAUCAAAUCUCACAAUCAUAGAAGUUCUGGACUUAUCCAACAAUAAUUUAACUGGACCAAUACCAGAAUUUUUGUCUCAACUGACCAAUUUAAGAGUCUUGGACUUAUCCAACAAUAGUUUGACUGGACCAGUACCUGAAAUUUUGUCUCAACUGACCAAUUUAAGAGUCCUAAAUCUGAGUGGAAAUAGGCUCAACGGUACAGUUCCUGUUGAACUCAUUGAGAGAUCAAAGAACAAUUCACUUUCAUUAUGGGUUGACAACAAUCCAGAUCUUUGCUCAUCACCACCAUGUAAGAAGAAGAAGAAGAAGAAGAAGAUUCACUUUGUUGUGCCAUUAGUGUCAUCAGUUGUCUCAUUUUUCAUCCUCGUUGCUGCUGCAUUCGCCAUUAUAUUUAUCAUCAAGAGGAGGAAGGAAAAAGACAACAGGUUGUGUAAUGGAGAUCAGUCAGAAGUAGAGGCCAACAAUCGACAAGUUUCAUACUGUGAUGUCCUCAAGAUUACUAAUAACUUUCAGAAAGCUGUUGGUAAGGGAGGAUUUGGAACAGUUUACCACGGUUACUUUGAUGACACUCAAGUGGCUGUGAAGAUGUUGUCUUCAACAUCAGCUCAAGGGUAUAAGCAGUUCCAAGUGGAGGUCAAACGUCUUUUAAGAGUUCACCACAGAAAUUUGACAAGCCUUGUGGGCUACUGUGACGAAGCAAGCAACAUGGGGCUUGUCUAUGAGUACAUGGCUAAUGGGAACUUAGCAGAACAUCUCUGUGACAAAAGCACUGAAACCCUGAGUUGGGAAAGGAGGCUGAGAAUAGCAAAGGAGGCAGCACAAGGUUUGGAGUAUUUGCAUAAUGGUUGCAAACCACCCAUAAUUCACAGAGAUGUGAAGUCUACCAACAUCUUGCUGAAUGAGGAAUUCCAAGCUAAACUAGCCGACUUUGGGUUGUCCAGGACUUUUUCAGUUGAAGCUGAUCAUGUGUCCACAGUUGUUACUGGCACGCCCGGUUACCUUGAUCCUGAGUACUCUAUAUCCAACAGGUUAACGGAAAAAAGUGAUGUCUACAGCUUUGGGGUGGUACUUCUUGAGAUUAUCACCGGCCGGCCGGUAAUCACAAAGACCCACGAUGCUGCUGUUCACAUAAGUCAAUGGGUCAGUGCCGUGCUCAACAAAGGUGAGCUGAGAAGCAUUGUUGAUUCAAGAUUAAAAGCAGAUUUUGACACUAAUUCUGCUUGGAAAGCUUUGGAGUUGGCAAUGACUUGUGUAUCUCCAACUUCUUCGGAAAGACCGACCAUGACUGAAUUAGUAGCGGAGUUAAGCCAAUGUUGGGCGGAUGAGAAAGCUCGGGAAAGGGAGAGGCAUCAAACUGGAUCGAGAGAUUCAAUUGAUAGGAUGAUAUCUGUGAAACUUGACGCUGAUCAAACUCCCCAAGCAAGGUAAUUUAACAGAUACAUAAAAGUUGAGAGAGGGAAUGAAAAGUGUUUUUUCAUUUGUAUCUAGAUUUUCCCAAUGUAAAAUUCUAUUAUUCAAAAGGGUGUUGAUUGCUUACAGUCAAUCAAAUUGCAAAACCUUA